AGAGAGAGAGAGAGAGAGAGAGAGAGGAUAUUGUGUGUGUGGCCAAGGAAAAGGCAGGGUGUGUAAGAGUGCGAGAGGACAGAAGCAAAAGAUUUGAGAAAGACUAGUUUACUAGAGGGAGAAGUGUGAGCAAGAGGAAUAAAGGUUACAAAGAAAAAUAGCAAUACAGAAAGGAAGAGAGGGACAGAAACAAGUCAUAGCAGCUGCUUCAGACCAUCAGAGGACUGAGCCAAAGGGAACAGGAGAGAGUUUCUGCGCCAUGGGCAAAUCAGCUUCUAAGCAGUUUUCGGGGGAGGUGUUGCAUAGUCAUAACGAGUAUCGUAGGAAGCACCAGGCGCCCCCUCUGAAGCUGAGCAGCAAGCUGAGUAGAGAUGCCACUAGGUAUGCUGAGUCUCUGGCCAGCACACGGAUCCUGAAGCACAGUGUUGAGUCCAGUAAGGGGAGCUGUGGCGAGAACCUGGCCUGGGCCUCCUAUGACCAACCAGGGAAGGAUGUGGCCGACCGCUGGUAUGACGAGGUAAAACAAUACAACUUCAACCGCCCCGGCUUCUCCUCUGGCACAGGUCAUUUCACAGCAAUGGUGUGGAAGGGCAGUAAGAAGCUGGGUGUGGGGAAGGCCAGUGCGCCAGAUGGCUCAUCAUUCGUGGUAGCCAGAUACUUUCCAGCAGGGAACAUCACCAACCAGGGACACUUUGACAACAACGUCCUGCCGCCCAAGGACUGAGGAACAUACUGACCCAUCACUCUCAUCCCCCAGGAGCUGACCAUCCAAAAGACAUUUGCACUUUGACUUGACUUUAUAUACAGUGGCAAGAAAAAGUAUGUGAACCCUUUGGAAUUACCUGGAUUUCUGCAUAAAUUGGUCAUCAAAUUUGAUCUGCUCUUCAUCUAAGU